UAGCAGUUAAUUAACCAUUGCACGAUUACGCGUGUGUGUUAUUUGAUGUUUUGUAGAUGUUUUAGAUUAUUCGUCAACUUUACCACACCCUAGUGCAAAAAUCAGAACGAUGACACUUGCGAUAAAAAGCUAUAGACAUUAAACUUAACAUUUAUCGUCAAGUAUUAUUGAUCAGCAAAAUAAAUAUUAGCAAAACAAAUAACAUUAUGGAUUUGGAGUUUGAUGAUAUAUUAGAUAAGAAAAGAAUUAGAAGUUACGAGGAGAUUUUGGGGCAAAAGCAAGAUAAAGAAGGAUUUGAAACUGCAACCACAAUCGAACAAAAUCGUAUUGAAGAUGAUGUGCUUACAUUAUAUCAAUUAUGCAAAGAACCAACUUUAAUUAAACAGAGGCAUAUUAGUUUUUUAAAGAAAUCAAUCAAUAAUUUAAGUGGGGCUUAUGAGUGUUUGGACUGCAGCAAACCUUGGCUGUGUUAUUGGAUAUUGCAUUCACUUGAAAUAUUAGGAGAACGUUUGGGGGACGAGGAAUAUUCCAAGAUAGCAGGCUUUUUAGCUAAGUGUCAAUCACCCGAAGGUGGUUUUGGAGGUGGCCCAGGACAAUAUCCACAUUUAGCUUCUACAUAUGCUGCUAUAAAUGCACUAUGCACUAUUGGUACGCAAGAGGCAUACAAUGUGAUAGAUAGGAAGAACUUGCGCCAGUUUCUAAUGUCUCUACGAGGGGAAGAUGGUUCAUUUUGCAUGCAUGCCAAUGGUGAAAUUGACAUGCGUGGCGCAUACUGUGCUCUAGUUUCUGCAAAAUUAACAAAUGUGUACACUCCAGACAUGUUUAGAGGUACAGAAGAGUGGAUAGCCAAGUGUCAGACAUGGGAGGGUGGGUUUGGAGGUUGUCCAGGGAUGGAGGCUCAUGGUGGAUAUGCGUACUGUGGCUUAGCAGCACUCGUGCUUCUUGGGAAAACAUAUAUGUGUCGUUUACCAGCACUCUUAAGAUGGAUAGUAAAUAAGCAGAUGCGUCUAGAGGGUGGUUUUCAAGGACGUACCAAUAAACUGGUGGAUGGUUGUUACUCAUUCUGGCAAGGUGGAGCAUUCCCAUUGAUUCAUGCUAUCUUGUCGAAAGAAAAAGAAGAGUAUAAUUCCAAUUACUGGUUGUUCAAUCAAGAGGCCUUACAAGAGUACAUAUUAGUUUGUUGUCAGCAUCCACUAGGUGGUCUUCUGGAUAAACCGGGAAAAAACCGAGACCUAUAUCAUACAUGUUACGCUCUAAGUGGAUUAUCAGUUGCACAAAAUUCACCACGUCCAUCGAUCGUUGGAUCAAAAGUAACAAAUUCAGUGGCGAUUAUACAUCCAGUUUACAACUUGGUAGUAUCCUCCGCUACAAACGCGCUAAAACAUUUUGGUACCCUACCGAUACCUGAUUUUGAUGCGUCUUAGCUAUUUUAAAUUGUAUUAUAUCUAGGUUUCUCUUUUCUAAAAUAUAGAUUUCAAUAUAU